CCUUCUACCCUCGCUUUAUUUCCUGUUUACGGAAUUUUCCGAAUAGCUGAUUCAACCUUCAAUUUUCACGCUGCGCUGAUCAAGGUUAAAUAUAGUGGUCAGGUAAUUGCCUAAUUACCUUCAUCAUGGCACAGCCGAAAGUAUACGUAACACGAAGAGUGCCAGCUGAAGGUUUGGAGCUGUUGAAAAAAAGCUGCAACGUUUCCGUGUGGGACAGCGACGAUGUUGUACCCAGAGCUACCCUCCUCGAGAAGGUCGCCGGCAUGGACGGACUGUUCUGCACCAUUAGUGACAUCAUCGACAAGGACGUUCUGGAGGCUGCAGGCCCCAGUUUGAAGAUCAUCGGGACAAUGUCCGUGGGCAUGGUACACAUUGAUGCACGUGAAUGCGCAAAAAGGGGGAUAGAGGUGGCCAAUACCCCGGACGUCGCAUCCGACAGCGCUGCCGAGUUGACGGUGGCGUUACUGUUGUUGACGACGCGACGGCUUGUUGAAGGUGUCGAGGCAGUCAAGGCAGGCGAGUGGGGCUUAUGGCGGCCCAUGUGGCUGUUAGGGGUGGAGAGCGUCAACCGCACCUUGGGGAUUGUCGGAAUGGGAAGGGUGGGCUUUGGGGUAGCCAGGAGAAUGAAACCUUUCGGUGUCGGUCGCAUCAUCUACUACGACGAGUUCCAGGCUGGAUAUGCUGCCGAUGUUGGUGCCGAGCUUGUAGACUUGGACACCCUGCUCAGUGAGUCCGACAUCCUCUGCAUCUGCUGUGCCCUCACCCCUCGCAGCCGAGACAUGUUCAACGCCAGCACGUUCGCCAAGAUGAAAAGGUCCGCCAUUUUGAUCAACACGGCCAGGGGAGCAAUCGUUAACCAUGACGACCUCGCCAAGGCUUUAGCACAGGGGGACAUAGCAGCAGCUGGCUUGGACGUCACGGAACCAGAACCGCUCCCUAGGGACCAUCCCUUGAUGUCUUUGGACAACUGCAUCAUAUUGCCCCAUCUUGGGACCAACUCGAAGGAGACCCGGAUCAACAUGGCGACCAACACAGCAAUGAACAUAACAUCGGUGCUCUGCUGUGGAAAGGCAUAAGUUUGGCCUUAUUUCAUCUUAUUAGUUGGUAUACGGAUAUAUUUUCAAAAGUAUUGGUCGGUGUUUGAAGUGAAAUAUCACUAAAAAUACUUCUUUCAUAUAUUUUCUUCAAUCAUUCUCUCUUUUUUAACAUAGGAAAUAGGAUGAGAUAAAAAAAAAUAAGCGUUUUGGUAUUUUUGAAAAAACAGAACUGAUGUUGAAAGUCUAGAACGUUGACAUGGUAACAAUACGUUAUUUACACAGAGAGUGUCGCUGAAGCUAGGGAUAGUAUUGGCGUACACAAUUGCAGGUAAUUGAGCAUGUACCUGUAGACAUUGUGUGGAAUGUGUUAUUGAUAAGAGCAAUUGUCAGACUCAGCCUUACAAACAGGCAGCUUCUAUUAUUUGUAAAUGUAUAUUUGACUUUGAUUAACAGGCAGCCCCUCACUUUUCCAAUCUGACUUUUGAGUUCGCCAAUCCGUUUACCAGGUGAUGAUAUUAGAACGUGUUAAAUGUGUAAUGUGAGAGUGAAUAUAUAUCUUGUUUCUGUGUUGGCACACACAUGUAGAUGUACAUUAUUCGUUAUGCCAGUAUUUUCUGUGGAGGCUGUAAUAAAUGGUUAUUAAAUAACUAUUAAAAAGAAAA